GCUUCCCGUGAACACCGGCGGUUUCUUCCUUUUUGAGCACCCAGAGCCGCUGGGCACAGUGAAGACAGGUGACGUUCCCGGCUCGGUCUGGGAUUUUCCAAACAUGCGUUCAUUGAUCGAGUCUACGCAGUCUGCAACUUGGGGCAUCCACCAGUGUUUCUUUGGCAGCGAGACGCCAAAACCCACACGUUUGGGCAGCAAUCUUCCCGAAGCCCUGCGUUUCGGACAGUGUUGGCACAUUUUGGAUGAGUCAGGCAAGUAUCUUGGCCCUUUAGGCAUGUGUCCCCACAAUCACGAUGUCGCCCUGAUUGGCAGAGACGAAGCUGGGUGGAAAACAUCCGCAGCAGCCGCUUAUCCACCCUUGUUUUGUGAAUACCUUGCUAGGCUUAUCUUCUCAGCCACCACUGGCAUUCAAUCUGUUGCAGAAAGUUGGGCUGCAUCACACGUGCACCCCGCCGAGGCUCUCUCUCAAGUCCUGCUUCAGGCCAAUCAGACACCGCUGCCAGAGGACAUUUUGGCUGUGUUCGAGUUGCUGCCGCACACCCGGGCACACCCCGGCACGGGGGACUCAGACCCAGGCAAGGCUUUCUUCGCAGGCGCUAAUUGGGAGCAAGCUGGGUUUAUAGUUCGAGAUAACACCUUCUCCUUCCCUUCUUCUUGUCAGUUGAUCUGCAAGUUCAUCCAGAGUGUUAGCAGGAGUCAUCACUUUGCUGCCUUCGUGAUUCUUAAGGAGGUAAAGAGUGCUUGCCAUCGUGAUUUGCGCAACGCGGAUUACCCGAAUCUGGUCUACGCGCUUUCCAAGUUCUCAGGCGGUGGUGUGUGGCAGCAAGCUGAGCAGGGUACCGAGUGGCGCUUCUUUCUUGACACAUGGAUGUGUGGGGAAGUCCUCCCAUUGCAGCCGGGUCCGGCAUUGGUGCAUGCGCGCGCACGGUAUCAUGCAACCGUCCAGGACGCGCCCAUAGGGGGGCAGCAGGUGCAGCAGGUGCAGCAGGCGCAGGUCGCAUCCCAGGAGGCCAGUCAGGCGAGCAGGCUUGAGCAACAGGGAUGCCAGGCUUUCGGUUCACCGCAGGAGGUGGAAGUCAUUUCCAGUGGCGACGAGCACCAGAAAGGGGCCCUGCAGGUUCAGUCGGAGGAGCGUGAGGAACCAUUCAAUCCUACAUUGAGCGGGUCGUUUGGCCAGCCCAUGAUUUGCAGGUUCGAGAUGUGCAAGCGCGAGAUUGUUGAUGGGUUUGGCCUUUGUUCUCCCGGUAGGUGGACGCCAGCAGCCAGGGAGCGCCUUGCUGAUUCGGUGCAGUCGGGGCAUGCUAGGGAAAUCAGAGGCAUCCUUGAAAGGUUUGUUCAUGAACAGCUGGGGGACGUGAAGAAGUUUGCGUUCAUGCUGGCAACCGGGAAGGUUUCCUGUUCUCCUUUCUCUGAUGAGGCCUUGUCAAGCCUCAGGCGGAGCAUUGCAGCGACCCUUGGUGACCCGGCCGGGGCAUUAGAGGUUCCAGAGAGGCAGCCCUUCUACUUGUACAUGCUUGCGCAGUCCCUUCAGAUUCUGGGCGACCCAGACUGGGAGAUCCUCACGCAGGGCGAAGAGUGUUAUGCAAACGGCGUGCCACUUGGGCACGACAGACCGCUGCCGCGCACACCCCAG